AUGUUGAAACAACAACAGCCCAGCUCCGGCGGCCGAAAAACCUCCAACGGGACUCCGGGCCCCGCCAGUAUGUCGUCCACGGCCAGUGGGAUCAACAACAGAGCACAGGUUGGGAGGUGAGUGAAAUUAGGACGUCCAGAUAGGAAAGGCUGAGCAUUUUCUCAUGGCUUCAAGGCCUACCGGUCAAAGCAUGUGUAGCUUGUUAAAGUGGGCAUGUCGUGGGAAAUGGGAUUUCGUUGAUGGGCCUAUGAAAAUAGAUUGCGGGUGAUUGACAAUAAAUACUUAUUGAAGCUAUUUCAAGGCACCAAAAAAAGAUAACGUAAUCUAUAAGCAGAUAAGUGGUUACUACAUGCCACGCCCACAACAUGCCACGCCCACUGCCAUUGAGUCUGCUAGCAGUGUCGCUGGCCCACACUCCAGCACAGUAGGUGGAGAUAGUGCACCAAUAAGGUUGGAUGCCACCCGCCGAAAACCCCACCGAAAGAGGCUGCUAGUUAGCUAGGGGACACCGGUGCACUAUGAGAGAAUCUCAAUUGCCUACUCCUCGCAUCCUCUGUCCUUUCACCUCGCUUCUUUCUCAAAACCCAUUGGAUGAGAAAGCCAGAGGUCCCUCCUCUCUGACCUUCUCCUCCAAUGGGUUUUGAGAAGGAGUUGAGGAGAGAGGACACAGAGUAUGAAAUUGAGAUUCUCCCAGUGUCUUUCGCCCCCGCCUGCCGAACACUGCUUUCAGGCAGCUCUGUUAACGUUACGCCAAGGGAAGUAGAUAGCUAGCAGCCUCAAUGGCAUGUAGUAACUGCGGUCCGCAGAUGGAGUUAUGAGAUAGUUGUGAAAUAGUAAGUCGUUAUUGUGAGAUAGUAAGUCGUAAUUGUGAGUCAGUAAGUUGUUAUUAUGAGAUACGUUUAGGCGAUCUGUAUCACAUGCUGUAUCACAACACUUUGCAUCAGGCCCGCCUCAACUUUCAAGGAUAACCUUAUGGAUAUCCUAUAGUCAAUCACACAGUGUGUACGCGCGAGAGUUAUUGUUCCGUAUUAAUGGAUUGGAGAGUUUUGUUGAUGUGAGUUGGUGCAUGUUUGACAUCUGCUUGACAUCAGAUUUAAUUCAUUAAUUCAAUUAAAUCCAUUAAAAGGGCAAUCUGGUGUUGGUACAUCACAUUUUUAUACAGUAUAGCUAUUGUUUCUUGAAGUAUGGAAGCCCGUUCCUGCCACCCCUCCCAAACAAAUCUGACUUACUAUAAUAGUAAGUCAUAAUUAUGAGAGAGUACUGUAAGUCAUAGAUUUAGGCAUUUUUAAACACCUUUAACUGCCAUUUCCUGCAAUCUACAGCCCAAAAAAUAUUGUAUUAGGGUGUGGUGCCUGGUCUUAAAUGGUGACAAAUAAAAACAAUUGUAUUUACAUUUACUUCAUUUAUGUAUUUACAUAAUGGCGCAGCCAGUCCACAAGGUGGUGCAGCGCCCCUCUUUCAUUCUUUGGGGAGAACCCUGCAAUAGCUGUAUAUUAAAGGUCCUGAACAGUGAAAAUCAUGUUUUUCAUCAAAUUGGAUGAUAUUUGGAUAAAACCAGUUGAAAGUAGGGUGACCUAAGUAUGAAAAAUGACUGUAGCUGGUACAUUGAUAAAGUUAUUGGUCCCCUCCUCCCAUGUCAAACGCUUGGAUUCAGGAGGCAGGCAUUACCAUCGAUUUUAAAUGUACGCCAAUGUAAAUAUGUACCGCCUUAAAGGAAAAUUCCACCCAAAACCACUCAUUCCUAUAAUAAGUCGCUCUGGAUAAGAGCGUCUGCUAAAUGACGUAAAUGUAAUUCCUAUAAUUUACAGUUUUACGUAACACUAAUAUGUGAGAACAAUAUUUUUUGUGAACAAAUGUUUCAUAUUGUCGUUAUAAUAGGGUUGGUAGCAACAUGGGAAAAUCAUUGUGGAAAUCUGUUAGACCCUCUGUUAAAUUAAACAUUUCUCGAGGUAGGAAUAUCACAAAAAUAUGAUAAAUGGCUCAUUCAAGAGAAGACAACCUCCUGCGUUAUGACAUAGGCAAGUAUUUAAAUCUGACAUGUAUGAUAUACGUUUUCGAGAUCUAAAAGUCGUAUUCCUAUUAACUUUCAGCGUAGUGAGAGCGGCUUUAUCGCAAUGCUAUGGCAUACCGGCCAAAUUUCUGCCUGCUUGAACAGCAAUAGCUCAGAUAAACAUGAAAUGACCCAGGGAAUUGAUAGAACAUCGCUCAGAGAUGCACAAAAACAAUAUAACAUUCAAAAUGGGUGAAUCUUUACUUUAAAACCGUCAUCACGUGUGCCUAUACCUUGCUUUGUUGGAUAAAACCCACUGAGUCGAUGAUGGUUGCGAAAGCCUUUGAGUGGGUCUGUGGACUUCUCCAUGUGAAUAUUGAAGUCACCAAAAAUGUGCCUUAUCUGCCAUGACUAUAAGAUGCAAUAGGAAUUCAUUGAACUCAGUGAGGAACGCUGUAUAUUGCCCAGGAGGCCUGCAUAGAUUUCAUGACUAGAACCUCAAAAAAUGAAAAAGCUGUUGUUUUUAUAAAUAUAAAUUUGCUCUCACAAAUGUUAGUAACACCUCUGCCUUUUGAGGGAUGUGCUGGGGGAUAUGGUCACUAGUGUAACCAGGUGGAGAGGCCUCAUUUAACUCAUCGGGCUUAAGCCAUGUUUCAGUCAAGCCAAUCACAUCAAGUUUAUGAUCAGUGAUUAGUUCAUUGACUAUGACUGCCUUGGAAGUGAGGGAUCUAACAUUAAGUAGUCCUAUUUUGAGUUGAGGUAUUAUCACAGUCUCGUUAAAAAAUGACAGGGAUGGAGGAGGUCUUUAUUCCAGUGAGAUUGCUAAGGCGAACACCGCCAUGUUUAGAUUUUCCCAACCUAGAUCGAGGCACAGACACGGUCUCAAUGGGGAGCACUAAGCUGACUGUGCUAGUGGCAGACUCCACUAAGCUGGCGGGCUGGCUAACAGCCUGCUACCUGGCCUGCAGAGGAGUUAGAGCCCUGUCUAUGUUGACAGGUAAGAUGAGAGCUCCCCUCCAGCUAGGAUGGAGUCUGUCACUUCUCAGCAGGCCAGGCUUGGUCCUGUUUGUGGGUGAGUCUCAGAAAGAGGGCCAAUUAUCUACAAAUGUAAUCUUUUGGGAGGGUCAGAAAACAGUUUUCAACCAGUGAUGUUGUGAGACUGCUGUAGAGCUCAUCACUCACUCUAAAUGGCUAAUUUACAGGCUGAAGUUAUAUUGCACUUGGUGACAUCAAUGUUUUUGGGGGGUGGGCAGGAACGGACUUCCAUAGGCUUUCAUAUUGAAGAAUGUGUAACUUAGAAAUGCCUCAUGAGCAAUGGUCUUACCCCAUCAGAACCCAACAUAUAAGCUUGUUUUAGUCCAUUGUUUGUAAACAAUGUAAUUAUUAACAGAUACUCUAAAUUAUAUUAAAAUUAACAUUUAAGAAAACCACCAAAAAGCAACUACAGUACCUUCAGAAAGUAUUCAAACCCAUUGACUUAUUCCACAUUUUGUUGCGUUACAGCCUGAAUUCAAAAUGAAUUUAAAAAAAAAUAUCUCACCCAUCUACACACAAUAACCCAUAAUGCCAAAGUGAAAACAUGUUUUUAGAAAUGUUUUCAAAUUUAUUGAAAUUGAAAUACAGAAAUACACUACAUGGCCAAAAGGAUGUGGACACCCCUUGACAUUAGUGGAUUUGGCUAUUUCAGCCACACCCGUUGCUGACAGGUGUAUAAAAUCGAUCACACAGUCAAGCAAUGGCCAUAGACAAACAUUGGCAGUAGAACUGAAGAGCUCAGUGACUUUCAACGUGGCACUGCAUAGGAUGCCACCUUUCCAACAAGUCAGUUUGUCAAAUUUCUGCCCUGCUAGAGCUGUCCCGGUCAACUGUAAGUGUUGUUAUUGUGAAGUGGAAAUGUCUAGGAGGAACAAUGGCUCAGCCGCGAAGUGGUAGGCCACACAAGCUCACAGAACGAGUGCUGAAGCGCGUAGCGCGUAAAAUACAUCUGUCCUCGGUUGCAACACUCACUACUGAGUUCCAAACUGCCUCUGGAAGUAAUGUCAGCACAAUAACUGUUCGUCAGGAGCUUCAUGAAAUGGGUUUCCAUGGCCGAGCAGCCGCACACAAGCCUACGAUCACCAUGCACAAUGUCAAGCGUUGGCUGAAGUGGUGUAAAGCUCGCCACCAUUGGACUCUGGAGCAGUAGAAACGCAUUCUCUGGAGUGAUGAAUCACGUUUCACCAUCUGGCAGUCCGAUGUACGAAUCUGGGUUUGGCGGAUGCCAGGAGAACGCUACCUGCCCGAAUUCAUAGUGCCAACUGUAAAGUUAGGUGUUGGAGAAAUAAUGGUCUGGGGCUGUUUAUCAAGGUUCGGGCUAGGCACCUUAGUGCCAGUAAAGAGAAAUCUUAACGCUACAGCAUUCAAUGACAUUCUAGACGUUUCAGUGCUUCCAACUUUGUGGCAACAGUUUGGGGAAGGCCCUUUCCUGUUUCAGCAUGACAAUGCCCCUGUGCACAAAGCGAGUUCCAUACAAAAAUGGUGUGGAAGAACUUGACUGGCCUGCACAGAGCCCUGACCUCAACCCCAUCGAACACCUUUGGGAUGAAUUGGAACGCUGAGUGCGAGCCAGGCCUAAUCGCCUAACAUCAGUGCCCGACCUCACUUGUGGCUGAAUGGAAGCAAGUCCCGCAGCAAUGUUCCAACAUCUAGUGAAAAACCUUUCCAGAACAUUGGAGGCUGUUAUAGCUGAAAAGGGGGGGGACCAACUCUAUAUUAAUGCCAAUGAUUUUGGAAUUAGAUGUUCGACGAGCAGGUGUCCACAUACUUUUGCUAUGUAAUGUAUCUCAUUUACAUAAGUAUUCACACCCCUAAGUCAAUACAUGUUAGAAUAGAAUCACCUUUGGCUGCGAUUACAGCUGUGAGUCUUUCUGGGUACGUUUCUAAGAGCUUUGCACACCUGGAUUGUACAAUAUUUGCACAUUUAUUCUUUAAAGAAUUCUUCAAGCUCUGUCAAGUUGGUUGUUGAUCAUUGCUAGACAGCCAUUUUCAAGUCUUGCCAUAGAUCUUCAAGCCAGUUUAAGUCAAAACUGUAACUAGUAGGGCUGACCCCAUUUGGUCGAUUGUUUGGUCGAUAGGCUGUUGUAGACUGAGAUUUCUUUAGUCAAGCAGUCGCAAAACACAUUUUUCAUGGUGCACAAGGCACCUGUCUAAUUCGCGCCUGUCUCAGUGGACUAAUCCAUUGUGGAGGCCACGGGGAUGGCACAGUCCAUCACUCUUAAGACAUGUUAUACUGAAAUUGUAUAUGGUUAUAUUAUGUAAAAAUAAUGUUGCAACACUAAUAAAUCUGCUAAUAUUUUAUAACAAAUGAACUUUCUCCCGCGCUGGAUAUGGUUGCUGUUCCCGGUCCUGAAACAAUCUUGGCUCCUUUCCCUAUGUUGCUAUGGGCAUGGUAGCAAAAUUAAGCAGCAUAUUGGGAUUGAGAACAAUGAGGCGGAUGCAGCAGAGAUGAGAAAACAGCCCUUGCUUUAAACCCUAUUAGGACAGGAUUAUUUUUAUUGGGGGUGGUCGGGUAAUGUAAUUAUGUGUACAAGCACAAAACACCACAUCUGUGAUUUUAGUCCGGUCCGAAUCUGCCAUGUCAGUAAUUUUGUACAUGGCAGGAGAGUAACAAUUCUAGCCAGAAUAACCUACCUUUUUUUUUGGCAAACUCCAAAGUCCUCUGAUAAUACUAGUCCCGUGCGAAUCAACAUCCCUGGGUUUUGAGAGAAAUAUCUGAGUUUGACAGAUGUUGCUCACGGUUUGAGCAAGAACAAUAACUGAUUUGAUAAAUUGAACAAAGUGCUGCGCAUAGCCUAUAUAUGAAGGGCCUACAUGUAUCAUCUUUCACAGUGAAUGCUUUUGCAUAUGAAUUGAAUAUUGCCAAAUGCAUCAGCAAAACAUUGCGCCUAUUUAAUGUAACCAUUGCUGUCAAUAGAUCGCAAAGCAGCAUACAACUGACCUAAACGUUUGGAAAUGAUAAAUUCACUUUCGCAUCCAUAGCCUUAAAACGCAUCUCAAGUGCAAGUUUAGCACACAUCUGAAGGCUGGGGGGCAUUUAGGACGUCUACUGUGGAUCGCUAAAAUAUCCUAAUGAUUAUGAGCACACUUCCUCAAUUCGAAUAUUAUGGCAACACUAUACUAAAGAUGGUUUUGUAUGGUUUAGAAUCUUGGGAAUCAAGCUCUAGUUAUCAGUGUAGCCCUGUUAUCACCUGGACUUGUUGAAAUAUCUUCACGCCUAGAAAAAAACAUCCAGGCUUCCAUCAUAACUGUCAAUUUAUAAAAUUACAGGGGGCAGUUUGGGGAAAAAAACUAAUCCUGUCCUUAUCGGCCUAUGGAUUAACAGACAUUCUGGGGUAAUAAUUACAUAACCAACGUUUUCUAGUAAUACUAGUCCCGUGCGAAUAAGGCUUAGCCUAAUUGUCAAAGAAAAUUGAGGAGAGAGCAUAAAUCCCAACCUAAUUAGUUCUAUAAUCAAUAGCGUAACUGUUAAAUGUGCCUGCCUUUAUAAAUCAUCCAUAUCUACAGAAAUAAGACAGAUCUUCCUUCAGUUGCCUGUUUGAGUGUUUGUUUAAUAGUCUACUGGUUCCGUGAGCACCAAGCCUCAUGCAAUAGCAAAAUGUCGGAUAAAGCAAUAUCACAGAUUUGGCUGUUUUUAUUCUUUGCUAUGCUGUAAUAAAGGCUUUAUAAAAAAAAAUCACUAGAACAGACUGGUAUUUCUUAUAAUUUAUUUAGUGUUUACACUGUUCCAAACAGGCAGAAAAAUAAUAUUGUAAUCUAACAGCACCUGUUUGUCAAGGAUCUCUCUGUACUUUGCUCCGUUCAUCUUUCCCUCGAUCCUGACAAGGGUUUUUCUUUAUUUUUACAUAAAAAAGUAGCACAAUAAAAUGACAGUAAUGAGGCUAUAUACAGGGGGUACAGGUACCGAGUCAAUGUGAGGGGGUACAGGUUAAUCGAGGUAAUUUGUACAUGUAGGUAGGUUGAAAGUGACUGCAUAGAUAAUGAACAGCAAGUAGCAGCAGUGUAAAAACAAAGGGGGGGGGCUUAAUGCAAAUAGUCCAGGUGGCCAUUUUAUUAAUUGAUCAGCAGUCUUAUGGCUUGGGGGUAGAAGCUCUUAAGGAGCCUUUUGGACCUAGACUGGGUGCUCCGGUACCGCUUGCCUUGCGGUAGCAGAGAGAACAGUCUAUGACUUUGGUGACUGGGGUCUUUGACUAUUUUUUGGGUCUUCCUCUGAUACCGCCUAGUAUAUAGGUCCUGGAUGGCAGGAAACGAGGCUCCAGUGUUGUAUUGGGCCGUACGCACUACUCUCUGUAGCGCCUUACGGUCAGAAUUCCGAGCAGUUUUCAUACCAGGCGGUGAUGCAACCGGUCAGGAUAAUCUCGAUGGUGCAGCUGUAGAACUUUUUGAGGAGCUGGUGACCCAUGCCAAAUCUUUUCGGUCUCCUGAGGCGUUGUCGUGUCCUCUUCACGACUUUCUUGGUGUGGUUGGACCAUAAUCUAUUGUUGGUGAUGUGGACACCAAGGAACAUAACUCUCGACCUGCUCCACGACAGCCCUGUCGAUGUGAAUUGGGGCGUGUUCAGCCCUCCUUUUCCUGUAGUUCACAAUCAUCUCCUUUGUCUUGCUCACGUUGAGGGGUGAAGUUGUUGUCCUGGCACCACACUGCCAGGUGUCUGACGUCCUCCCUAUAGGUUGUCUCAUCAUUGUCGGUGAUCAUGUUGUGUUGCCAGCAAACUUUAUGAUUGUGUUGGAGUCGUGCUUGGCCACGCAGUUGUGGGUGAACAGGGAGUACAGGAGGGGACUAAGCACGCACCCCUGAGGGGCCCCUGUGUUGAGGAUCAGCAUGGCAGAUGUGUUGUUGCCUACCCUUACCACCUGGGGGUUGCCCGUCAGGAAGUCCAGGAUCCAGUUGCAGAGGGAGGUGUUUAGUCCCAGGGUUCUUAGCUUAGUGAUGAGCUUUGUGGGAACUGUGGUGUUGAACGCUGAGCUGUAGUCAAUGAACAGCAUUCUCACAUUAGGUGUUCCUUUUGUUCAGGUGGGAAAGGGCAGUGUGAAGUGCGAUUUGAGAUUGCGUCAUCUGUGGAUCUGUUGGGGCGGUAUGCGAAUUGGAGUGGGUCUAGGGUUUCCGGGAUGAUGGUGUUUAUGUGAGCCAUGACCAGCCUUUCAAAGCACUUCAUGGCUACCGACGUGAGUGCUACAGGGCGGUAGUCAUUUAGGCAGGUUACCUUCCCUUUCUUGGGCACAGGGACUAUGGUGGUGUGCUUGAAACAUGUAGGUAUUACAGACUCGGUUAGGUAUAGGUUGAAAAUGUCAGUGAAGACACUUGCCAGUUGGUCCUCGCAUACUCUUGAGUACACGUUCUGGUAAUCCGUCUGGCCCCGCAGCCUUGUGAAUGCUGACCUGUUUAAAGGUCUUGCUCACAUCGGCUAUGGAGAGCGUGAUCACACAGUCGUCCGGAACAGCUGGUGCUCUCAUGCAUGCUUCAGUGUUGCUUGCCUUGAAGCUAACAUAAAAGGCAUUUAGCCCAUCUGGUAGGCUCGCGUCACUGGGCAGCUCGCGGCUGGGUUUCCCUUUGUAGUCUGUAAUAGUUUGCAAGCCCUGCCACAUCCGACGAGCAUCAGAGCUGGUGUAGUAGGAUUCAAUCUUUGUCUUGUAUUGACGCUUUGCCUGUUUGAUGGUUCGUCUGAGAGCAUAGCAGAUUUCUUAUAAGCAUCCGGAUUAGUGUCCCACUCCUUGAAAUCGCUAGCUCUAGCCUUUAGCUCAGUGCAGAUGUUGCCUGUAAUCCAUGGCUUCUGGUUGGGAUAUGUACGUACGGUCACUGUGGGGACGACGUCGUCGAUGCACUUAUUGAUGAAGCCGGUGACUGAGGUGGUAUACUCCUCAAUGCCAUUGGAUGAAUCCCGGAACAUAUACCAGUCUGUGCUACAAAACAGUCCUGUAGCAUCCGCUUCAUCAGACCACUUCUGUAUUGAGCGAGUCACUGGUACGUCCUGCUUUAGUUUUUGCUUGUAAGCCGGAAUCAGGAGGAUAGAAUUAUGGUCAGAUUUGCCAAAUGGAGGGCGAGGGAGAGCUUUGUAUGCAUCUCUGUGUGUGGAGUAAAGUUGGUCUAGAGUUUUGUUUUCCUCUGGUUGAACAUGUGACAUACUGGUAGAAAUGAGGUGAAACGGAUUUAAGUUUGUCUGCAUUAAAGUCCCCGGCCACUAGGAGCGCCGCUUCUGGAUGAGGAUUUUCUUGUUUGCUUAUGGCCUUAUACAGCUAGUUGAGUGCGGUCUUAGUGCCAGCGUCGGUUUGUGGUGGUAAAUAGACAGCUACGAGAAAUAUAGAUUAAAACUCUCUUGGUAGAUAGUGUGGUCUACAGCUUAUCAUGAGGUACUCUACCUCAGGUGAGCAAUAACUCAAGACUACCUUAAUAUUAGACAUCGCGCACCAGCUGUUAUUGACAAACAGACACACACCCCCACCCCCGUCUUACCUGACGUAGCUGUUCUGUCCUGUCCUUAUCUGUGUCGUCGUUCAGCCACGACUCGGUGAAACAUAAGAUGUUACAGUUUUGAAUGUCCCGUUGGUAGGAUAGUCUCGAAUGGAGCUCAUCCAGUUUAUUCUCCAGUGAUUGCACGUUGGCCAAUAGAACGGAUGAUAGUGGCGGGUUACCGCCGACUAAUUCUCACAAAGCACACUGAUCUGCGCCCCCUAUAUUUCCUUAUUUUCUUCAUAUGAAUGACGGGGAUUUGGGCCUUGUCCAGGAGCAACAUAAUGUCCUUUGCGUCGACUCAUUAAAGAAACAAUCUUUGUCCAGUUCGAGGUGAGUAAUCACUGUUCUGAUAUCCAGAAGCUCUUUUUGGUCAUAAGAGACGGUAGCAUCAACAUUAUGUACAAAAUAAUUUACAAACAAUGCAAGAAAACACACACAAUAGCACAAUUGGUUUGGAGCCCGUAAAAUGGCAGCCAUCACCACCUCCGCCAUUCUUCCUAAUUGAGAAUGUGAUGAGGACAGGGCUGCUUUCUUGGUGAUGUGUAUUUUUGAUUAUUUACUUAUUCAAGUACGCUGGCUGUUGCAAGCUACUCACCGUCAAACCACAAUGUCCACUCUCUCAUCGUGACUUACGAGCUAUAUGAUGUUCAAUGAGUAGCUCGUAGAGCGCCCUCUUCAGACAACCGUUGAAAAAAUCAUAAAAAUGACCAGAAAUGAGCAGAUGUAUACAUUUGUUUAUUCUAUGUAUAUAAUAUCGCCGCUUUAUGUGUUGAAUAAAAAAUUAUAUAAAUGUGAAAAAAUAAUAUCGGCCAAAUAUAUUGGUCGGGCUCUACUUACCAUCUCAUAAUAAUGGCUUAGUAUCCCAUUAGUAUAACUUGCUAUCUCAUAAUUAUGACUUGCUAUCUCAUAAUUAUGACUUGCUAUCUCAUAACUCCUAGUCAGAUUUGUUUUGGGGGGUGGCGGGAACGGUCUUUCAUACAUACUAGCCAAUCCGAGUUUGCAUAUCAAGACUGGCCGAGUUUUGGCAAAUAGACGAUAAAAAGUUUAAUUUGAAAGCUUUGUUGAGCAAAUAAGGCGGGAGAAUAUGGGAUAUUGAACGUUCUGCCAACCACUCACUUUGUUUCCGAGGAGGAGGGCGUUGACUCUAAGCAUUUUUUUUUUAGUGAAGCUAAAAUAAAUCAUUUUUAACUGCAUACUUUUUGCUAAUAAAGCAAGCGCUGAGUCAUAAAUUCAUUCAGAGAUUGUCCGAUGAAAAGGUAUACAAGGUUAUCUCGCUAUUUUCCAAUUGUCAUGCUAGGUUUGUCAGGAAAUAAGUUGUCUAACGUUAGCUGGUUGGUUUAGUCACCAAACCUUUGCUUUGUAUUGCAAUUUUAAUGCUAAACAAGCAAGUUCUACAUUCACAGUUUUGUCAAGUGCAUACCUUUUGUAGGAGUACAUUUAGAAAUGUGACUUUCCUCAUUUUUGUGGUUUGCAUUAGGUGUGCUAAUGUCAUAGCAAUGUAUAUAGUAGGACCAGCCUUUCAUAUACUGAAAGGACCGUUGCAUUUUUGUUCAAUGUCAAAUCUGUUCUAACCCCAUUGUACUCGUUUUCCCCCCAGGAGUCGAACCUCUGUGAAGCCACCUUUCCUGUCCUCUCCUGUGAGUAUGACUGAAAGGUUGUAGAACAACAAAUCCAAAGCCCCAUAGACCUACAUAAUUAUUACCCCCAAGUUCCGUUUUAAAAUGCAUCCCCUUUCAAUACUUUUGUAUGUUAUGUCUUCAGCUGUUGUAUUAUAUCAGUUAAGAAAUAGGCACGCAAUUAACAUCUGUUCUCAGUUUUAAACGUGAAGCGGUGUAAUUUUUUGUCCUUCGAUAUUUGAAGAUCACAUACAGUACCAGUCAAAAGUUUGGACACCUACUCAUUCAAAGGUUUUUCUUUAUUUUUACUAUUUUCUACAUUGCAGAAUAAUAGUGAAGACUUAAAAACUAUGAAAUAACACAUAGUAACAAAAAAAGCGUUAAACAAAGCAAAAUGUAUUUUAUAUUUGAGAUUCUUCAAAUAGCCACCCUUUGCCUUGAUGACAGCUUUGCACACUCUUGGCAUUCUCUCAACCAGCUUCAUGAGGAAUGAUUUUCCAACAGUCUUGAAGGAGUUCCCACAUAUGCUGAGCACUUGUUGGCUGCUUUUCCUUCACUCUGCCGUCCGACUCAUCCCAAACCAUUUCAAUUGGGUUGAGGUCGGGGGAUUGUGGAGGCCAGGUCAUCUGAUGCAGCACUCCAUCACUCUCCUUCUUGGUAAAAUAGCCCUGACACAGCCUGGAGGUGUGUUGGGUCAUUGUCCUGUUGAAAAACAAAUGAUAGUCCCACUAAGCCCAAACCAGAUGGGAUGGCGUAUCGCUGCAGAAUGAUGUGGUAGCCAUGCUGGUUAAGUGUGCCUUGAAUUCUAAAUAAAUCACAGUGUCACCAGCAAAGCACCCCCACACCAUAACACCUCCUCCUCCAUACUUUACGGUGGGAAAUACACAUGCAGAGAUCAUCUGUUCACCCACACGCGUCUCACAAAGACACAGCGGUUGCAACCAAAAGUCUCCAAUUUGGACUCCAGACCAAAGGACAAAUUUCCACUGGUCUAAUGUCCAUUGCUCGUGUUUCUUGGCCCAAGCAGGUCUCUUCUUCUUAUUGGUGUCCUUUAGUAGUGGUUUCUUUGCAGCAAUUCGACCAUGAAGGCCUGAUUCACACAGUCCCCUCUGAACAGUUGAUGUUGAGAUGUGUCUGUGACUUGGACUCUGAAGCAUUUAUUUGGGCUGAAAUUUCUGAGGCUGGUAUCUCUAAUGAACUUAUCCUCUGCAGCAGAGGUAACACUGGGUCUUCCUUUCCUGUGGCGGUCCUCAUGAGAGCCAGUUUCAUCAUAGCGCUUGAUGGGUUUUUGCGACUGCACUUGAAGAAACUUUCAAAGUUCUUGACAUUUUCCGGAUUGACUGACCUUUAUGUCUUAAAGUAAUGAUGGACUGUCGUUUCUCUUUGCUUAUUUGAGCUGUUUUUGCCAUAAUAUGGACUUGGUCUUUUACCAAAUAGGGCUAUCUUCUGUAUACCCCCCCCCCCCCCCCCCCCUACCUUGUCACAACAAAAUUGAUUGUCUCAGAUGCAUUAAGAAUGAAAGAAAUUCCACAAAUUAACUUUAAGAAGGCACACCUGUUAAUUGAAAUGCAUUCCAGGUGACUACCUCAUGAAGCUGGUUGAGAGAAUGCCAAUAGUGUGCAAAGCUGUCAUCAAGGCAAAGGGUGGCUAUUUGAAUAAUCUCAAAUAUAAAAUACAUCUUCAUUUGUUUAACAUGAUUCCAUGUGUUUUUUCAUAGUUUUGAUGUCUUCACUAUUAUUCUACAAUGUAGAAAAUAGUAAAAAUAAAGAACACCUUGAAUGAGUAGGUGUGUACAAACUUUUGACUGCUAGUGUACAUAGUUGUCGAUUUCUGAAUCAUUGGCCAUACUGCACAUAGCUGUAGUCUCCUUCAAGGUGAAUGACUCUGUGUGUGCUGGUCCCUUUCCUAGGUGUUUGAGGGCGUCUACAACAAUGCCAGAAUGAUACAUUUCCUCACAGCUGUGGUGGUGAGUCAUUUUUACCACUGCUCAGUUUCUUUGUCUGUUUUAGUCCUGAGACAUGGCUGUAGAAUUCUGGUGUCAAUGGAGUCUACAGCCAAUUUUCAGGGCUAUGUCUGCACGGACAUUUAGCAUCUUGUCACGUCUAACCAUAAUGUUGUUGAAAUAGCUCAUCAUAGUAUUUUCUUAAAUCUAACACACUAUCUCCUACCUCUUCUCUUAUUCUCCUGCCUUCAUUCCUCUCUCCACAUCACUCUCUUUUUUGCCUCCUUUACAGGGCUCCACCUGUGAUGUAAGAGUGAAGAACGGCAAUGUGUACGAGGGCAUCUUCAAGACCCUCGGCUCACGGGUAAGUACAUGAGAACCUCAAAGAUCCAAACCACACCCUGUAGUUCUCCUUGACCAGGGACCAGGGUUGGUGUUCGCGGCUCUGAUGUCUCUACUAGUCCUUGCGGUCUAAAGAAGGUUGUCUUCCCUCUAGGGCUGACCCCAUUUAGUCGACUGAUCAAUUGUUUGGUAGAUAGGCUGUUGGUCGACCAAGAUUAUUUUAGUAGAGCAGUCGCAAUCGCAAAUAGAUUUAUAGAUAACCAUUUUCAUGACACACGAGACACCUGUCUUAUUUGGGCCUGUCUCAGUGGACUAAUCCAUUGCAGAGGCCGCGUAGAUGGCAUGGUCCAAGAAGAAGGGGAGUGUGGGUAAGAUGCACGGCUCUUUCCCGCCACUUCGUGUGCAUUCGUAUUUUCAUAACUUCACUGUGUAAAUUGUUUGCCCUUUGAUUGUUAGUGUCUAUCAAUUCCCCAUUACAUAUACAGUAUCAUCAGUAGUAGCCUACAUUUACAGUUAAUUCCCAUAAUUUCUCAUCUACAAUGUUUGUUUUGUUACGGUAAUUUCUGUUAAUGCGUUUAAAAUUAUAAUUAUUACAGUCGUUUACCGUUCUCAUUGUCAGAGUGGACACGUUAUUUUCAGAGCUCAUAACCUAUGCUACACUUGUGAGAAACAAGUUUAGGUUUAUUUCAUUCCAUUUAUGAGUUUUGUCAAUUUAUUCAUUGUCUUUUGUUUGGAGCGCUCCUGUCAAUGUUGAGUAAUAUAGAGGUAGGCUACCUGGCCUGCGCGCAAAUGUAGGCCUAUAAAUGUGCCCAUUUGUGGAUGUCUGAUAGCAUUUCUGAUUGUCUUAACUCACCACCACUAAUGAGCUGUGGAGCUUCUCAAAGUAAUUUUCUAUUCACGUCACACAGCAAGUAAAGGAAGUCUUAUUUUAUAUAUUUUUUUAAAACAAGGAAGUCUGUUUUUAGAAUACUUUGAGAAUGACAAUGGUUCCUCAAUGUAUUAAAACAAUAUUUUUCGAUAACCACUCGAAAGGGAAAGAGCUGGAAAUAUAUAAAAGAAUCCUCUUAUCCAGUGGAAAUCUCAUAAAAUACCUUAUUACUUCUUAUCCCUUGCACAAAUAGACUACAGCUGUGUCUGUCCUGAGCUCACUAGCGCGGGAAACUCUGAGGGCCCACAAUAUCCCAGACAAUUUCCAUACAAACAAAAAUAUUAUUAAUCUCAAAUUCUGUGCACAAUUGUUUUUGCAUCCCUGUUAGUGAGCAUUCACCCUUUGCCAAGAUAAUUCAUCCAGCUGACAGGUGUGGCAUAUCAAGAAGCUGAUUAAAUGGCAUGAUAAUUACACAGGUGCACCUUGUGCUGGGGACAAUAAAAGGCCACUUUAAAAUGUGCAGUUUUGUCACACAGCACAAUGCCACAGAUGUCUCAAGUUUUGAGAGAGCGUGCAAUUGCCAUGGUGGUGACUGCAGGAAUGUCGACCAGAGCUGUUGCCAGAGAAUUUAAUGUUCAUUUUUCUACCAUAAGCCGCCUCCAACGUCGUUUUAGACAAUUUGGCAGUACGUCUAACCGGCCUCACAACCUUAGACCACGUGUAAGGCGUCGUGUGGGCGAGCGGUUUGCUGAUGUCAACGUUGUGAACAGAGUGCCCCAUUGUGGGGUUAUGGUAUGGGCAGGCAUAAGCUUCGGGCAACGAACACAAUUACAUUUUAUCGAUGGGAAUUUGAAUGCACAAAGAUACCGUGACGAAAGGCCCAUUGUCGUGCCAUUCAUCCGCCGCUAUCACCUCUUGUUUCAUCAUGGCCCCAUGUCGCAAGGAUCUGUACACAAUUCCUGGAAGCUGAAAAUGUCCAGUUCUUCCAUUGUUUGCAUACUCACUUGGGCUGCUCUGGAUCGAUGUGUACGACAGUGUGUUCUAGUUCCCGCCAAUAUCCACCAACUUCACACAGCCAUUGAAGAGCAGUGGGACAACAUUCUACAGGCCACAAUCAACAGCCUGAUCAACUCUAUGCGAAGGAGAUGUCGCGCUGCAUGAGGCAAAUGGUGGUCACACCAAGAUACUCACUGGUUUUCUGAUCCAUUCUCCUACAUUUUUUCUUUAAGGUAUCUGCGACCAACAGAUUCAUAUCUGUAUUCCCAGUCAUGUGAAAUCCAUAGAUUAGGGCAGGGUUCUUCAAUUCCGGUCCUGGGGGGCCGAAACACCUCUGUUUUUCAUCCUCUCCUUCUAAUCAGGGGCUAAUUCAGACCUGGGACACCAGGUGAGUGCAAUUAACAACCAGGUAGAAAUAAAAAACAGAAGUGUUUCGGCCCUCCAGGACCGGAAUUGAAGAACCCUGGAUUAGGGCCUAAUUAAUUGUCAAUUGACUGAUUUCCUUAUGAACUGUAAAUCAGUCAAAUCUUUUGAAUUGUUGCAUAUUGCGACCUGGGAGCUGUUAUUUCAGCUCAUGAAACAUGGGACCAACACAUUUUAUUUAUUUAUUUAUUUAUUUAUAUACAGUUGAAGUCGGAAGUUUACAUACACUUAGGUUGGAGUCAUUAAAACUUGUUUUUCAACCACUCCACAAAUGUCUUGUUAACAAACUAUAGUUUUGGCAAGUCUGUUAGGACAUCUACAUUGUGCAAAGAAAAAGCCACAUCUCAGACUGCCCAUCUUAAUCUUUUCUUUUUAUUGGGCAGUCUGAGAUAUGGCUUUUUCUUUGCAACUCUGCCUAGAAGGUCAGCAUCCCGGAGUCGCCUCUUCGCUGUUGACGUUGAGACUGGUGUUUUGCGGGUACUAUUUAAUGAAGCUGCCAGUUGAGGACCUGUGAGGCGCCUGUUUCUCAAACUAAACACUCUAAUGUAUUUGUUCUCUUGCUCAGUCCAAACAAGGACAUUUCGAAGUGACCCCAAACUUUUGAACGGUAGUGUAUAUACAGUACCAUUCAAAGGUUUGGACACCUACUCAUUCAAGGGUUUUUCUUUAUUUUUACUAUUUUCUACAUUGUAGAAUAAUAGUGAAGACAUCAAAACUAUGAAAUAACACAUAUGGAAUCAUAUAGUAACCAAAAAAGUGUUAAACAAAUCAAAAUAUAUUUUAUAUUUGAGAUUCUUCAAAUAGCCACUCUUUGCCUUGAUGACAGCUUUGCACACUCUUGGCAUUCUCUCAACCAGCUUCAUGAGGAAUGCUUUUCCAACAGUCUUGAAGGAGUUCCCACAUAUGCUGAGCACUUGUUGGCUGCUUUUCCUUCACUCUGCCGUCCGACUCAUCCCAAACCAUCUCAAUUGGGUUGAGGUCGGGGAAUUGUGGAGGCCAGGUCAUCUGAUGCAGCACUCCAUCACUCUCCUUCUUGGUAAAAUAGCCCUUACAAAGCCUGGAGGUGUGUUGGGUCAUUGUCCUGUUGAAAAACAAAUGAUAGUCCCACUAAGCCCAAACCAGAUUGGAUGGUGUAUCGCUGCAGAAUGCUGUGGUAGCCAUUCUGGUGUCAAGUGUGCCUUGAAUUCUAAAUAAAUCACAGACAGUGUCACCAGCAAAGCACCAUAACACCACCUCCUCCAUGCUUUACGGUGGGAACUAAACAUGGAGAGAUCAUCCGUUCACCCACACCGCAUCUCACAAAGACACAGUGGUUUGAACAAAAAAUCUCAAAUUUGGACUCCAGACCAAAGGAUACAUUUCCACCGGUCUAAUGUCCAUUGCUCAGGUUUCGUGGCCCAAGCAGGUCUCUUCUUCUUAUUGGUGUCCUUUAGUAGUGGUGUCUUUGCAGCAAUUCAACUAUGAAGGCCUGCUUCACACAGUCUCCUCUGAACAGUUGAUGUUGAGAUGCGUCUGUGACUUGAACUCUGUGAAGCAUUUAUUUGGGCUGCAAUUUCUGAGGCUGGUAACUCUAAUGAAUUUAUCCUCUGCAGCAGAGGUAACUGGGUCUUCCAUUCCUGUGGCGGUCCUCGUGAGAGCCAGUUUCAUCAUAGCGCUUGAUGGGUUUUGCGACUGCACUUGAAGAAACUUUCAAAGUUCUUGAAAAUGUCCGUAUUGACUGACCUUCAUGUCUUAAAGUAAUGUUGGACUGUCAUUUCUCUUUCCUUAUUUGAGCUGUUCUUGCCAUAAUAUGGACUUGGUCUUUUACCAAAUACGGCUAUCUUCUGUAUACCCACCCAACCUUGUCACAACACAACUGAUUGGCUCAAACGCAUUAAUUAAGAAGGAAAGAAAUUCCACAAGUUAACUUUUUAAGAAGGCACUACCUCAUGAAGCUGGUUGAGAGAAUGCCAAAGCUGUAAUCAAGGCAAAGGGUGGCUAUUUGAAGAAUCGCAAAUAUAAAAUGUUUUUUUGAUUUGUUUAACACUUUUUUGGUUACUACAUGAUUCCAUAUGUUUUUUCAUAGUUUUGAUGUCUUCACUAUUAUUCUAAAAUAGGAAAAAAAUUAAGAAAAACCCUUGAAUGAGUAGGUGUGUCCUAACCUUUGACUGGUAGUGUAUAAUAAUAACAAUAAUAAUAAUAUGCCAUUUAGCAGACGCUUUUAUCCAAAGCGACUUAGUCAUGCGUGCAUAAAUUUUUUUGUGUAUGGGUGGUCCCGGGGAUCGAACCCACUACCUUGGCGUUACAAGCGCCGUGCUCUACCAGCUGAGCUACAGAUAUUUUUUUUGUGUGUAGGUCUUUUAAUUAAACACAGAGUGUUUCUAUAUAUGGAAAAAUACACGUUUUAAAAUGUCAACCAAUCGAUUAGUCGAAAGAACAGACGACUCUUGGUCGAUUUAAAGAUAAUUUUUGUGUCGGGGACAAUCCUACUUCCCUCUGACUUAAAUGUUCUUCUGUCUGCAGUGUGAGCUGGCGGUGGACGCAGUCCACAAGCGAGGCGAAGACGAGUGGCCCGCCCAGCCCCGGAGGGAGCAGAUCACAGACACCAUGAUCUUCAGCCCCUACGAUGUGGUCACCAUGACCUGCCGAGACGUGGACCUAAACUAUGCCACCAGAGGUACAGAUGAGUGCUUUUUCUCAAUUGUAUAAAAUCCGUCAUCCCCUCACCUCUCCUUCAUCUUCACUGGUCUGUAAGAACAGACCAGGUGAAAGCCAACCUAAUGAUGAUCUUACACCAUAUUGUUUUCAUUUCUCAAGUGCAGAGGAAGAAGGACGAACUUUGAAGCAAUUGCGACAGCUAGGGAGAAGUGAGAUAGGGAGGGUUGGACAGAGGGAGGUUUGUGUUAUAGGUUAGUGGUUGAUCAACGUGUAGAUUGUCUGCAUUGUCCGGUAAGGGAUGAGUGGUUUAAUGCAUUUGUAGGUCAUUGUCGAUGGUUACAUUAACCAGGUUUCCAUCCAACCAUUUCAUUUGGAUGAAUUUCCUGACGCAUAUAAAAAGUCAUGACAGUCCUGAUGGAAACAGGACAUUUGUCAGUGAAAUGUCCUAAUGUCGACAAAUCAGAAUACGCUAGACGAGUGGAUUAUUUUUUUGCCGGUGAAAUAGAUAAUGCGACAAUUGCGGUGGACAUGCUUUUGAUACAGUGGGGAGAACAAGUAUUUGAUACACUGCCGAUUUUGCAGGUUUACCUACUUACAAAGCAUGUAGAGGCCUGUACAUUUUAUCAUAGGUACACUUCAACUGUGAGAGACGGAAUCUAAAACAAAAAUCCAGAAAAUCACAUUGUAUGAUUUUUAAGUAAUUCAUUUGCAUUUUAUUGCAUGACAUAAGUAUUUGAUACAUCAGAAAAGCAGAACUUAAUAUUUGGUACAGAAACCUUUGUUUGCAAUUACAGAGAUCAUACGUUUCCUGUAGGUCUUGACCAGGUUUGCACACACUGCAGCAGGGAUUUUGGCCCACUCCUCCAUACAGACCUUCUCCAGAUCCUUCAGGUUUCGGGGCUGUCGCUGGGCAAUACGGACUUUCAGCUCCCUCCAAAGAUUUUCUAUUGGGUUCAGGUCUGGAGACUGGCUAGGCCACUCCAGGACCUUGCGAUGCUUCUUACGGAGCCACUCCUUAGUUGCCCUGGCUGUGUGUUUCAGGUCAUUGUCAUGCUGAAAGACCCAGCCACGACCCAUCUUCAAUGCUCUUACUGAGGGAAGGAGGUUGUUGACCAAGAUCUCGCGAUACAUGGCCCCAUCCAUCCUCCCCUCAAUACGGUGCAGUCGUCCUGUCCCCUUUGCAGAAAAGCAUCCCCAAAGAAUGAUGUUUCCACCUCCAUGCUUCACGGUUGGGAUGGUGUUCUUGGGGUUGUACUCACCCUUCUUCUUCCUCCAAACACGGCGAGUGGAGUUUAGACCAAAAAGCUCUAUUUUUGUCUCAUCAGACCACAUGACCUUCUCCCAUUCCUCCUCUGGAUCAUCCAGAUGGUCAUUGGCAAACUUCAGACGGGCCUGGACAUGCGCUGGCUUGAGCAGGGGGACCUUGCGUGCGCCGCAGGAUUUUAAUCCAUGACGGCGUAGUGUGUUACUAAUGGUUUUCUUUGAGACUGUGGUCCCAGCUCUCUUCAGGUCAUUGACCAGGUCCUGCCGUGCAGUUCUGGGCUGAUCCCUCACCUUCCUCAUGAUCAUUGAUGCCCCACGAGGUGAGAUCUUGCAUGGAGCCCCAGACCGAGGGUGAUUGACCAUCAUCUUGAACUUCUUCCAUUUUCUAAUAAUUGCGCCAACAGUUGUUGCCUUCUCACCAAGCUGCUUGCCUAUUGUCCUGUAGCCCAUCCCAGCCUUGUGCAGGUCUACAAUUUUAUCCCUGAUGUCCUUACACAGCUCUCUGCUCUUGGCCAUUGUGGAGAGGUUGGAGUCUUUGAGUGUGUGGACAGGUGUCUUUUAUACAGGUAACGAGUUCAAACAGGUGCAGUUAAUACAGGUAAUGAGUGGAGAACAGGAGGGCUUCUUAAAGAAAAACUAACAGGUCUGUGAGAGACGGAAUUCUUACUGGUUGGUAGGUGAUCAAAUACUUAUGUCAUGCAAUAAAAUGCAAAUUAAUUACUUAAAAAUCAUACAAUGUGAUUUUCUGGAUUUUUGUUUUAGAUUCCGUCUCUCACAGUUGAAGUGUACCUAUGAUAAAUAUUACAGACCUCUACAUGCUUUGUAAGUAGGAAAACCUGCAAAAUCGGCAGUGUAUCAAAUACUUGUUCUCCCCACUGUAUGUCACGCAAUGAUAUGUUACGUUGUACUACUACUACCACCACCACGACAUGGAAAAGCAUAGGCAUUUAGAAUAAGUUAUUAUGCACUUCAUAACUUAUUUCAUAACUUCAUAACUUAGUGUGGUUAAGUGCACGGUGAUGAGCGCCAUGCAAAUAAAUAUAGAGGGUAGGCUAUUAUUUGAAUGAUGCUGGUGACAUGAUUGGUGCUUUGCUGCCAAUUAUCACAUAAAAAUGAUCUUGCUUUUAUCCAUAUCAUCAUAUAACCUACCCUGUCCACUUUAUCAGCGAACUAUCGGCUACAGUCCCCUGUAGCUCAGUUGGUAGAGCAUGGCGCUUGCAACGCCAGGGUUGUGGGUUCAUUUCCCACGGGGGCCAGUAUGAAAAUGUAUGCACUCACUUAACUGGAAGUCGCUCUGGAUAAGAGCGUCUGCUAAAUGACUAAAAUGUACAGAGCAUGCGGCAAAACCAAAUUGGACAAGUAUGCUAUUUAUCGCAAUAGUUUUUGUGACCAAACCAUCAGUAGAAAAUGCAAUGGUAUCACAUUGAACUUCUGUUUCUUUUAGAAUAUUCACAUAAAUCUGUCACCAAUUGGAUGGAAACCUAGCUAUAGAGUCCCAAAAUGUUUUGCAUGUCAGCAAUCAUAUGUUUUCAAGAUAUAGGACUUUCAGAAAGCUAAUUGUAAAAAUGCAUCAUAUGAUGCAAAAUGCAUCGUCAUCAUGAUGAUGUGGCAAGUUGCAAUUUGCUUUUUGAAAGUCCUAUAUCUUGAAAACAUGAUUGCUGUCAUGCGAAACCUUUUGGGACUGUAUCAACAAUGUACCAAUAAAAAAUAUAAAAGGGGAUUUUGAGUGGAUUAUUCCUUAAAGGCAGAAUUCCACGUUGAGAUCCUAAUGCACAACUGAGUGCUAAACUAAUAAGAAGUCAAGGUAAUUUGCAUGGGGUCAUAGUUAUAUUGUGUAAGAAUGUAAUGUGUUGUCUGCUUACGAUAAACACACGUUGUGGGGACAGUCUAUGGGUCGUAUAAAGAUCAAUACCUCUUCUCUGUCUCACGCAUUACUUUUUGGAUAAUGGUUGUGUUUCUACCCUGUAUGUGCAGACACAUUCAUAGACACGGCCAUCAGCUCGACCCGUGUCAAUGGGGAACACAAAGAGAAGGUGCUGCAGAGGUGGGAGGGAGGUGAUAGCAACGGAGAGGCCUUCGAUCUGGAGAACGAUGCUGUGAGUCUAACACACUCUUAUAUGUAUGCACACACACAAACGCUCAUACUCGCUCAUUCACUCUGACAAUCACACACAUCAUCACUCUUUUUGACACACACACACACACACACCAGUGGCGGUCUGUGCCUUUUAAGAUGAGGGAGGACGAUUACAUGUUUUAUGCGCGAGGCCUUAUUUCUAUUACAGCAUAUUGGAUGACUAUCAUUCAUAUUCCAUUCACCCAGCUCAAUGUAACAUUGAUAGGUUUAGGCUACCACAUGAUACUCACAUUUUCCCUGUACUGUACACAUCAUGAGGUUGCUACAACCUACGAAUGAAAGUUUACAACGUAGGUGCACAGGUCAAGAGAGAAAUUUGAGUAAGCAAGGUGACAGUGACACAUUCAAUACUGCCUUGUAGAGGUCUGCACAGGACUGUUUUCGUCAUCCUGCUCCCGCCCACACCCGCAGCUUUUCAUACCGCACCCCGCCCGCACCUGCUGCCUUUCUGUCCGACUCCCACCCGCUACCGCAAGAACUGGUUCCAAACCAGCAAUAUUAUUUUAGGCGUAUGUGACGCAGCUCACUUGCCCGCCAUGGUCUCAGCAAUUUUGCGCCCCGUAGGCAAUAUCAAAUGCACAAAAAUAACUUGAUAGGUUAAAGUAUCAGAUUCUCACGUGGCCCAUUUAUAUUAGGCUAUCUGUAUUACUGGGCUAUAUCAGCCAAUAUGCUAGAUUGGAGAGACUUGCACUUUCUCUUGAGCUAUUUUUAUAGCUUAUCUUUUAGAAGUGGGAAGAUUUUAAGACGGAGAAAUAUGGUUGAUCAAUAUUUAUUUCUAGGCAAUGUGGUAAACUAUAGCCUAAUCAUAUUUAGGAAGUACAUUUUCUUGGAAAGAUAACUGCCCCGUGCUUCUCCGCCCAUGCAUAGGCUAAAGCCUACUCUAUUUAAUUGAGACCACACGCCCACCGGACCUCGCACGUAUGGCUACUGAACUUGAAGCAGCAAGAAUGAUGACAGCGACACAUUUUGCGUAUAGAAUAUAGCCUACCUUCUAGGAGGCCAAUUUACAGGCAGAGACAAGUAAAUGGGUAAUCAAUACUUAUUGAAAAUGAAAAGGUUGCAGCGCUCGCUUUUCAAUGAUUAUAUUUUCUAAUUGCUCCUCGACUCACGUUGGUUGAGCGCCCUCCACUUCUUUCCAUUAUCAAUAUUUAUUUACAGACACUUUAGUAAACUACAGUCGUGGUCAAAAGUUUUGAGAAUGACACAAGUAUCGGUCUUCACAAAGUUCGCUGCUUCAGUGUUAUGAGAUAUUUUUGUCAGAUGUUACUAUGGUAUACUGAAGUAUAAUUACAAGCAUUCCAUAAGUGUCAAAGGCUUUUAUUGACAAUUACAUUAAGUUUAUGCAAAGAGUCAAUAUUUGCAGUGUUGACCCUUCUUUUUCAAGACCUCUGCAAUCCGCCCUGGCAUGCUGUCAAUUAACUUCUGGGCCACAUCCUGACUGAUGGCACACCAUUCUUGCAUAAUCAAUGCUUGGAGUUUGUCAGAAUUUGUGGGUUUUUGUUUGUCCACCUGCCUCUUGAGGAUAGACCACAAGUUCUCAAUGGGAUUAAGGUCUGGGGAGUUUCCUGGCCAUGGACCCAAAAUGUCAAUGUUUUGUUCCCUGAGCCACUUAGUUAUCACUUUUGCCUUAUGGCAAGAUGCUCCAUCAUGCUGGAAAAGGCAUUGUUCGUCACCAAACUGUUCUUGGAUGGUUGGGAGAAGUUGCUCUCGGAGGAUGUGUUGGUACCAUUCUUUAUUCAUGUCUGUGUUCUUAGGCAAAAUUGUGAGUGAGCCCACUCCCUUGGCUGAGAAGCAACCCCACACAUGAAUGGUCUCAGGAUGCUUUACUGUUGGCAUGACACAGGACUGAUGGUAGCGCUCACCUUGUCUUCUCCGGACAAGGUGUUUUCCGGAUGCCCCAAACAAUCUGAUGUUUUUCCUGGAUAGAAGUGGCUUCCUCGCUGCCCUUCUUGACACCAGGCCAUCCUCCAAAAGUCUUCGCCUCACUGUGCGUGCAGAUGCACUCGCACCUGCCUGCUGCCAUUCCUGAGCAAGCUCUGCACUGGUGGUGCCCCGAUCUCGCAGCUGAAUCAACUUUAGGAGACGGUCCUGGCGCUUGCUGGACUUUCUUGGGCGCCCUGACGCCUUCACAACAAUUGAACCUCUCUCCUUGAAGUUCUUGAUGAUACAGUGUAAUCAUAUUUAAGUUAACUUGAUAUGAAAUUAACUGCCACGUGAUUCUCCGCCCAUGAACUCGCACGCCCAACUAGGAGAGGAGAGGUAGGCUACUGAAGUUGAAGCAGUGAAUUCUGAGUGUGUGAAUAAUCCAAAAAAUAUGUGCUUUUAAUACAAUAGGUAGGCUGAAAGGCUCUGCGCGGUCUGAAGUGGCCGUACAGCAUUUACUGAGAUCCAGACUUCAGGGCUUUCAUACUUCUUGUGCUUAGCGGUGCAGAGCAGAGUUAUUGUGUAGGAAGUUGUCAAGGAAGUGAGUUCGUGUUUAUACAGGAUGGACCGCCCCCACCUACCUUGAACACUCUUGCCUGCAUCUAGCUGAUCUAGGGUGUAAUCAUUAGUCCAACAGUUGCAAAUGAGAGUUUCUAUUGGACAAAUUCAGUUAUGUUUAUCCCCGUUUCGUUCUGUUUAAGAAACGUUUUUCAACAGAAUCGGCGGAAUGAAUACACCCCUGAUCACCCGCAAACACAGUUCACUUUCAUAGCUGCCAUAUACAAACCGCAUGAUCACUUUGUUCGUUGUAUAAUUCCUUCUCGCAUCUACGUGCUCUCCUCCUCUCACCUUUUCCCUUCGCUUGUGGAUUUCAAUGCACAACAGCUAUCUGUGACCAGGCGAGAGAACCUUUCCAAGCCAAACCUUCAUACCAUAACCGCUACACACUGCCUACAUCGUUGUCAACAUAGCUACUAGAACUAACGUGUUAGUAAACCCGCUACAAUGAUGCAGUACAGCAAGCAGUUUAGCAGUUACACCGGCGGGCUCUGGUGGCAAUAAGUUAAUAAAACCAAACGCUUACCUUGACUCGGAAGAGUUCCAGUGUUGGAUAGCCAGCUAGUUUACAUAGUAUCCCUCUCUGUUUGAGUAGGCUAAACUAGCUAGCUGCCUUCGCUAGUUAAGCAAGUGAAAAAAAUUAUAAAAAUAAAACGAAAUAUAGCUAGCUCUCUCUCGGUCUCUCUCCUCCUUCAUUUUUGAGGAAAUUAAUUUGUUCAAAACAGUUCAACUAUUGUCUUUCUCUUUGAGUCAACUACUCACCACAUUGUAUGCAUAAUUCUCUGAUCCUUUUGAUUAGAUGGACAAGAUGUAAGUUCAUGCUGCAAGAGUUCUGAUAGGUUGGAGGACAGCCUCCAGAAGUUGUCAUAAUUAUUGAAGGGGGUGAGAACCAUGAGCGUCCUAUGUAUUGUAUUGAAGUCCGUGUACCCAGAGGAGGACGGAAACUAGCUGUCCUCCGGCUACACCAUGGUGCUACCCCAGAGAGUGCUGUUGAGGCUACUGUAGACCUUCAUUGCAAAACAGUGUGUUAUAAUUAUUUGGCAAUAUGAAUAUAUUUAGUGUAGUUUUAUCAAAUUUACUGAGGAGGAUGGUCCUCCCCUUCCUCCUCCGAGGAGCUCCAUUGAUGCACACAACCUGGAGCUUCUUACCGCCACACGCUUUGGCAACUUACUCACAAAGUUUUCUCGCUCCCUCUCAGUCCAACGGUUGGGAUGCCAACGAAAUGUUUCAUUACAACAAGGUGAACUUCGGCGUCGAGUCUACCUACGACUCCAGCCUCUCAAUGUACACGUAAGUCCACCUCCAUGUCAACACACAAACCAAUAAACCUUCAAGGUCUUCAAGGCCUAAACAGAGUCAACCUUUUGAAAUUAAUAUGCCCCUGAAUCUCUAUCAGAGCUGGGUUUAAAAUACUUGAAAGAUCAUUUCAAAUACUUAAUCUGUGCCUGUUUGAGCAUGCCUGGCUUAAUAAACCAAUAGAGAAGUCCCAAAACUGCAAAUCUCUCCCAUCUGGCACUCCAGGCACACUUGAGCAAUCACAAAGUAUUUGAACCCAGAUCUGAUCUUCAUACAUGAUUGUUUGUAUGUACACUACUUGUUCAAAAGUUAGGGGUCACUUAGAAAUGUCCUUGUUUUCGAAAGAAAAACAAUUUAUUUGUACAUUAAAAUAACAUCAAAUUGAUCAGAAAUACAGUGUAGACAUUGUUAAUGUUGUAAAUGGCUAUUGUAGCUGGAAAAGUUAUUUGUUUCUGGCCAUUUUGAGCCUGUAAUCAAACCCAAAAUUGCUUAUGCUCCAGAUACUCAACUAGUCUCAAGAAGGCCAGUUUUAUUGCUUCUUUAAUCAGCACAACAGUUUUCAGCUGUGCUAACAUAAUUGCAAAAGGGUUUUCUAAUGAUCAAUUAGCCUUUUAAAAUGAUAAACUUGGAUUAGCAAACACAACGUGCUAUUGGAACACAGGACUGAUGGUUGCUGAUAAUGGGCCUCUCUACGCCUAUGUAGAUAUUCCAUAAAAAAAUCAGCCGUUUCCAGCUAUAAUAGCCAUUUACAACAUUAAUGUCUACACAAAAAAAUUGCUUUUCUUUAAAAAACAAGGACAUUUCUAAGUGACCCCAAACCUUUGAACGGUAGUGUAUGCAUAGUGUUGAUGUUCACAAUCUCUCUCUUCUUUUCUCUCUCUGUCUCCCUCCCUGUCCUUCAGGGUCCAUCUGGAGAGGGACAGCACGGAGGGCUUCCGGCAGCGGGAGGCGCGUGCCGCCCGCAUGGCUAGUGAGAUCGAGUCCAGCCCCCAGUACCGCCACCGCGUCUUGCUGGAGAACGGGGAGGGCAAGAGCGAGGAGGACAAGUACAGCGCUGUGGUGCGCGGUGGCGAGCGGGAGGGGGGGGAGCGGGGGAGGGAGAGCCCCAGGGAGAAGGGCUGCGACAGCCCCGGCAUAGUCAGCAGGUGAGUGCUCCGGUCAGGCUGUAUUCUUUGGCUAUGUCACAAUUCACCACCCUUUUCCAGAAGUGUGCACUUCAUGGAUUCAACAAUGGUGGAAAUUAACUAUUUCUAGCCAAUUAUUUAAUGUUUUUAAAUACACAAUGGUGAGUGAAAAAGUGCACACUUGGAGAGAAGGGUGGAGAAUUGCGAUAUAGCCUUUGGCUAGUGUGUGGGGGGGUGUCACUAUUGGCUACUGCUAAGUGAUUUGUGUAUUUGAGAUGGACCACAUUUCAGUCGGACUGAGUAGAAUCGCUGCUCUACAAAUCAACUGGCAUCCCAAUUAACUACUCAUUAUGUGAUCAAGAUUAGUGAUUCUGCGCCUCACCUUGCUCAAACUGAUCCCCUGAUCAUGCUGGAAGUCUUAGUGCUUUGGCAGCAGUGGAUGGUCAGAUUGGGAAAAGCAUGAUAUACAGUAUUAGGCAUGUUCCCAUGGUACCCCGCCCCCCCCCUUUCACUCUUUCUGUUUCUCACUCUCUCAGGGAAGGCAAAUACAUUUCGUUACCCCAGCGAGCGAGGGAGAUGGGCGUGUCGGGGGGCAGCAUGAGAGGAGAACGCGGGCGGGCAGAGCGAGGCCCUGGAGGAGGAAGCGGCGGACCCCAAGGUCACAACCGCAUGAGCUACCGCUCUGCCAUUCCCUCCUCUUCCUCCCCCAGACCUCCCCUGCCCUUUGCCACCGGCGGCCCCCAGCCCCCUCCCCCCUCCUCGGAGUGCAGCAGCCCCCUCUCUGGUAGAGGUUACUCCCCCCACCACCCCCAGGGCUGCCCUGGCACCGCCAGCCCCUACGCCCCUACCUCCCCCGGGGGUCUGGCCUCAGCCAACGCCGCCCCCACUUCAGCUAGUCCCCCCACCCCCCAUUCCAACUCGCUGUCGGACACUGGUAGGCCCGUCAACGGAGGUGAGUGAAAAUAUUGCUGUGUGUUUGGGGAGUUAUCUGUGUUGUAAUGGGAUGUCUGUGUGCCUACGUGGAUGUGUUACACCAGAAAGCAUACAUGGCAGUCAUGAAUUAUUUGUUUUUAUAAACUGGGGGGUUCUAGCCCUGAAUGCUGAUUGGCUGCUCUAAUUACGUUGGUAACCAGUUUAUAAUAGCAAUAAGUCACCUCAGGGGUUUGUGAUAUAUGGCCAAGGGCUGUGUCCUCCUCGGGCCUUAUAACUUAAGUUUGCACUGUGUGUGCAGUCUUGAAAAGUAAUAGGUGAAGCUUCCAAUAAUAUAUUGUCAGUUAAUUGUAGGGAAAUUGAACCUCCUCUCUUCCUUUUCCCUGCCCCAGUGUCUUCCAGGUUGUCCCCCAAAUCACAGAGACCCGCCCAGUCAAACCGACCGGUCCGGACACCUAACUCACACACACAGUCCACAGGUUAACAUACAACUAUGCCUUUUAUCUCACACUUUGUUUACACACUUGUUCAAGACACACUCCAGAACUCAAGACACAGACAUUCUGCCUCAUCAUAGACUAAGUCCAAUGAAAAUUGCUACUAAUGGUUGAUGUUGGUUAGUAAACUAACUACUAACUCACAUUUCAUGUGCGUCUGAUAUGGCACACUAUUCCCUAUAUAUAUAGUGCACUACUUUUGUCCCUACAUAGGGAAUAGGGUGCCAGGGCACAAAGUAGUGCACUUUAAAGGGAACAGGGUGCCAUUUCAGACACAGCCAAAAAUUCUAACCAUUCAUAACGACUCAUUGUCUUCCACUCUGACCUCUGUUCUGUCUCGUCCUCCAUCAGCCUCCCGCUCCCCGAAAUCUGACUCGCAGGACUCAGUGCAGUACCUGGACACGUCAUCCUUCUCCAUGCCCGCCCAGAAAACAUCAGGCCCCGCCCCGCUCUUCCCCAUAGAUGGUACGAACAAUGACAACAAUCAACAAACUAUAUUUAUAAACAAGUGGAGACAGGUUUUGGUUGUUGAGUAGUAGUGAUGACAAUGAAAUUGCUAAUGAUAAUAAGUAUUUAUAAAACCGACUUUCAUACAUUUGGCUGAAAGCACAACUACAUCUUCCACGUCCGGUCUCCAUUUUUUUUCACAUUACUUACUGAGUCUAUAUUAGGUAAUGAAAAGGGCCCAACUGUCAUCAGGACAGGGUCACCUGUACAAUAACCAGACAGGUGUUUUGUGGGAAUCUGUUCAAGUGGUUGGGGUUUUCCAGUGGCUAAUUGGUCCCCUGUGUGUUUUUCUCUAUCUCUCAUUCCGUCUGUCUGUUCUACAGUGAACGAGAUUCUCUGCACGGCUGCCAAAGAGCGAUCAGCAGAGAGUCCAGGCAGCACGGAGGAUGGCAAGAAUAAAGGUGUGUCUCUGUGGGUGUAAUUUGUGUUUUUGGGAGGGAGUUUGUGUGUAUUAGAGGUCAGACACACCUCGACAACGAAUGGCUAAAGCACCUGCUGGGUGUCGCUGAACGGUGACUGUUUGCGCUGAUUCAACAUGUAGACACCGUUGGGAAAUUAACAGAAAAUGACGGCAGAUAUUCUGGUUGGUAGGAUGGCUAGUGGCCACCCCUUACUUUUAACGGUUUGUCGUCACGGUGUGUCUCGGCUCAAAAAAUGUGCGCGUGUUAGUGUGUGCAUGUUAGUGAGUCAGUCAACUGUUGUCGUAGAUGAGAAGAGUAUCCCUGUAGAAAAGCAUUUGUUUGCCAUAAGGUGCUGUCUGAAAGAAAAGUGCAGCCAAAAACAGCCACAUCACUUUCUAUCCUGCUUGAGAACUUGUAAUGAAGUUGACUCUUUUGUACCCUUUCUCUCUCCCUUUCCUCUCAGCCCCCUCCAUUCAGCAAAGGUCACAAAUUGAAGAGCUGCGGAAAUUCGGCAAAGAAUUCAGGGUAAGACUUCUGUCGCUUCUCCUCAGCUAAAUUCUCUUGAUGAGAAGAUUUGUUCUGUCAAGUCCUGAGCUGGUGGUAUUUCAGGAGCAGGACCAAGUUGGACAGAUGGGAACUUCUAUAAGUAGUCGGAAAUAAAUUACUUGCAUUUCUUGUUUAUAAAGAAUUCUGAAAAUGGAUGGCUUAGUAUCAACCGUCAACUGUUUGACCCUUUUAAGCAUGUAUUUUUAAAUUAACUUGGAAAUGUGUUUUGAGAAAUGCAAGCGGUCUAGCACCCCUUACUAAAGUUUCAUACUCCUUGUCAUUUUAUUUCCCUCGUGUUUCUUUAUUUUUAGCAUAGAGUGCAUUGGGAUGCAGUUGCUUCAUAUGAAUUGUGCUGUAUAAAUAAAUAUUGAUUUGUGAUUCUCCUCAGCUUCAGCCCAGCGGAUGUGGCUCCAGUGCUGCAGCGGUAUCUCCCUCCGACACGGCCAAGCCCUCUCCCUCGGACGCCAGCCCCGCCUCCUCAGACUCCAAACAGACCUUCGCCCCCCAAAGUCCCUCCCAGCCCACCGCUUCCCCCUCAGGGGACCCCGCCAAGGAGCCCAGUGCCAGCGCAGCCGCCACCACCAGUACAGCCGCCACCACCGCUGGCCCCAUUUCAGACAGGCAAUCGCCAGGACAAUCCCAGUCCGCCAGGACCCCAGGAAGUGAGGAGUCCAGACAGGAGAAGGUGGAUCGAGUGGAGGGUGUGAUUGAGUGAGUUUUGCGGAAGACGGAAAGGGGAUUUCUUUCUGGUAGUGCUGAGCGAUUAACCAAAAUGUUGGUUAUUUUUCAUUUUUUAAACAACAAAUUGACCAACAUCGGUUCAAUUAUUAGAAUUCCAUUUCGUUUGUUUCUCUAGAGAUGAAUCAGAUCAAGCCCAAACUGUGCAAUGUAGUAGGGAGUUGUAGUUCCCAACAGGCCAAUAUUCUACAUAGUUUAGCGCAUUGACCAUAAUCAAUUGCGCGUCUACUUGUCCAGACACUGAAAGGGAGAGAAGAGAAAGGAGACGUGCUAUCCAGAGGGAUAGAGAGCAGUUGCUUCACGAGGUAUCUCUACCUGAAAAUACAUAAUCUAAUGAUCGAUAGUUGGUAUUUAGCAGUCAUAAGUAUGCCUUAUUUACUUUGAAGAACUACUAAAAUUGGGAUUUUGUCACAGUAUAGACAGCAGCUCUAUAGAAAUUAGAAUUAAAUAAUAAAGUAAUCAAAUAAAACAAAUAUAAUAAUAUACACAACUGAAAUAUUUUAUUGAAGUAAUGUGAAUAUAUUAUGGUUAAUAAGUGUUAAUGAGCAGUCACUACCAUCAUGGGACUUUUAAUAAUUGUUUUAUUCUGUUAAAGCAUUCAACUCACCAUAGUGCAUUUAAUGUUUAAAAUAAUCUAAGCCUAAAUCGAAAACCGUGAUGAUAAAAAAUAAAAGAAUCGAAACCGAACCUACCUCCAAAAAGCUAAAAUCGCUCAGCACUACUUUCUGGUUUAUAGAUGGAUUUGGUUACAAAGCAGUGGAUAUCAUUGUGUAUACAGUACUAACAGUGUCCUCUCUCAGUGAAGUCAAGAAGUCAACUCUGAAUCCCAACGCCAAAGAGUUCAACCCCAACAAAAUCGCACUCACUCUGGUAAGCAAGAAUGUGUAAUACCACGUCAAGAAGAGCAAGAUAAUUAGGAUCUAAAAUGUCUUGACAUGUCUACUAACCAAACAAUGUCUUGAUAUGUCUUGACAUGUGGCUCAGUUGGUAGAGCAUGGUGCUUGCACACAUGACUGUAAGUCGCUUUGGUUAAAAGCGUCUGCUAUCUAUCAUCUAUCUACUGUAUCUAUACUACCAAACACUGUCUAGACGCGCCUAUGUACCAAACGAUGUCUUGACGUCUACGUACCAAACAAUGUCUAGACGUCUACUUACCAAACGAUGUCUAGAGGUCUACGUACCAAACGAUGUCUACAGGUCUACGCACCAACGUGUAGGGCAGGGAUGGGCAACUUUGAUGGGGGUGAAGGCCACAAAAGAAACUGAACUCAUUAUGAGGGGCCGCAGUGGCUCGCGGGUCUGCUUACCAACACAUGCAGUCAGCCUUUUUUGAGGGCCCUAAGUGAAAUUUAGAUUUUAGAAAUGUUUUGCAUUUUUUGAGUUUCUAACCAUUUCAUGCAGAUGAUUUACCUGAUGCGUGAGUCACGGCCGGGCAGAUGGGGAAAAAAGAUAUGCCAGUUCAAUUUGAUAAAUGCCGACAGAGAAUUUGUUCGUUAUGAUGAACUUCACAGGGUGGUGAAAUUGCACGUGAUGUGCUUGAUGUUCCUUUCCAAUAAAUAUCGAGGGUCUUAUUCUUGUGACAUGAUGAUCGAUGCUUCGCUGCCGUUUGACAAGUAAAAAUAAUAUCGCUCUUAUCCAUAAUACAAGCAUUUCGCUACACCCGCAAUAACAUCUGCUAAACACGUGUAUGUGACAAAUAAAAUGUGAUUUGAUUUGAAUAAUCUCAUAAUGUACAGUGCUGUGAAAAAGUAUUUGCCCCCUUUCUAAUUUUCUCUAGUAUUGCAUAUUUUUUUAUACUGAAUGUUAUCAGAUCUUCAACCAAAACAUAAUAUUAGAUAAAGGGAACCUGAGUUUACAAAUAACAAAAACAAUUGAUACUUAUUUUAUUUAUUUAAUUAACACAUUUCUGCAACACCCAAUUCCCCUGUGUGAAAAGGUAUUGCACCCUUACACUCAUUAACUGGUUGUACCACCUUUAGCUGCAAUGACUCCAACCAAACGCUUCCUGUAGUUGUUGAUCAAUCUCUCACAUCACUGUGGAGGAAUUUUGGCCCACUCUUCCAUGCAGAACUGCUUUAACAUCGGCAACAUUUGUGGGUUUUCAAGCAUGAACUGCUCGUUUCAAGUCCUGCCACAAUAUCUAAAUUGGGAUUAGGUCUGGACUUUAACUAGGCCAUUCCAAAACUUAAAAUGUGUUGCUUUUUAACCAUUUUUAUGUAGACUUGAUUGUGUGUUUUGGAUCAUUGUCUUGCUGCAUGACCCAGCUGCGCUUCAGCUCACAGACGGAUGGCCUGACAUUCUCCUGUAGAAUUCUCUGAUACAGAGCAGAAUUUAUGGUUCCUUCUAUUAAGGCAUCCAGGUCCUGAGGCAGCAAAGCAUCCCCAAACCAUCACACUACCACAACCAUGCUUUAUGGGUGGUCCUCUGUAGCUCAGCUGGUAGAGCAUGGCGCUUGUAACGCCAAGGUAGUGGGUUCGAUCCCCGGGACCACCCAUACACAAAAAUGUAUGCACGCAUGACUGUAAGUCGCUUUGGAUAAAAGCGUCUGCUAAAUGGCAUAUUAUAUUAUUAUUAUUUACCAUUGGUAUAAGGUUCUUACUGUGGAAUGUUUGGUUUUCGCCAGGCGUAAUGGGACCCAUGUCGUCCAAAAAGUUAUACUUUUGACUCAUCUGUCCAUAGAACAUUCUUCUAAGAGUCUUGAUGAUCAUCCAGGUGCUUUCGGCAAACUUGAGUCAACUUUUUGGACGAGAUGGGUCCCAUUUUAUGUCUGGCGAAAACCAAACACUGCAUAUUAGGUUUUGGUUGAAGAUCUGAUAACAUUCAGUAUAAAAAAUAUGCCAAAAUAGAGAAAAUCAUAAAGGGAGCAAAUACUUUUUCACGGCACUGUAGAUGGUCUAACCCCACUGUAUCUGCGAGCUGUUUGCUAGAGCGCACGUGCCAAGACCAGAGUAGGCACAUUUGCUAUAUAACGCAUCAGCUUUUGUGACAAAACCAUCAGUAGAGUUGAAAAUGCGAUGGAAACCCAUUUAACUUGUAUUUUUCAUUCGGUACAUGGGAAUUUGACAGCAAACGUUAUUUUUAUGUGUGCGACGUCAUCUCGCACAGACUUUUAUCCGCAAUAAGUCAGUUUGAUGGAAACACAUCUCUGUUGGGGAAAUGCGCAUAUUAUUUUAUGCAGAUUUUAGACUUUGCAUGAAAAUCUGUCGCAAAUUGGAUGAAAACCUAGCUACUGUCUGACAUAAGAGAAACUGCUGAUGCAAAAAAUAAAUAAAAUUCACCGUGUGUAUUCUACUAUUCUGACUCUCAACAGUAAGUUGAGACCCCGAGUUCCCAAUUUUUUAAAUAAUAAUAUUUUCCCAUCCCUGGUGUAGGGUAUAGUUGCCUCUAGAUGCUGAUUUUUGUGUCCGUUUUGGAUUUUCCGCACUAAUGGUUUAGGAUUGGGGAAGGGAUGGGCAUUUGAAAUAAUUUCAAUAUUCAAAUAAUGUCAUUAAUUUCGGGGAGAUAUCGAAUAUUCAAAUAACCGUGCCCAUCCCUAGAUUGGGGGAGGGGAAGCUGAUCUUAUCUGUAUCUAGGGGAAACUUCACCCUGGAGUGUACCAAACACUGCCUAGACAUCUACUUACAAAACUGAUAUAAAUGGUUGUUCCCCUUCCCUCUGUUUCUGCAGACUAAGCCCAACCCUUCACCCACGCCCCCUCGGCAACCCCCUCCCAGCAACGCGGUGGUGCUGCAGCACCCAGGCAGCCAGGGUCCCAUCUACAACGCCCCCUACCUCUCCUACGUCUCCCAGAUCCACUCUGUACAGGUAACACACACACACACACACACACACAGAUCCAAACUGUACAGGUAACCCACACACACAAGACACUUCUUACACUGACACUUUGAUUGAAUUGACUGCAUGCUGUGGGGCAUUCUGUUUCCCCAUCAAAUACUGCUCCUCCCCCUGUUUGUCUGAAAAGUUAGUCCCUAUGAAUGUGAGGCUUUGGGAUUAUUGGUAAUAUUAUAGUCAAUACUAUACUUGAGUUUCGCCAGUAGUGAUGUAGUGUGUGACUAUAUACAGUGUUAUGCUAUUGUUUGAGCGCAGUUUAGGGUCUAGUAUUAGUUAAUGUUAAAAUUGCCUAUAUCCCCUCAUUGAAAAGCCAAUGUGGCUUGUAGCUUUGUGUUGACCUCUUGUCUCCUGGUUUCUGUUUCCCUCCAGCCGCCACAGAUGUACCAGUAUACCAUGUCUACAGUCAGCCAGGGGAAAUACCCCCGAGCCAAAGGUACACGCUCUCUGCACGCCUCUUCUCCGACUCUCUACCAGUGUGCAUGCAUUGUUUACACCUUGACAUACUCUAGCUGAUCCCAGAUCUGUUUGUGCUGUCUGGCCAACUACUAUGGUCAGUAUCAAGUGGAGUUGGCAAGACAUUACAAACACAUCUAUGACCAAGCUAUAUAUAUAACACAUCUUACUUACCUUACUAAUACAUAUUAUUAUUAUUACUACUUCUUUGUAUUCAAACUUCUUUAUCUAGUAAUGCAUGGCAAACUGUUGUAGUUCUACAGUAAAGUUGAGUGUCGGGCAAAACCAACUUUAAAUCGUAAGCAUGUGACUUAAUAUCCCCCUGGGGAUCAAUUCAGUUCUGUAUUGUUCUUUUUAAAGCAUGUUCAUAACUACUAGUGCGUCAUUUCGGGCAGUGUGGUCUAUGUGACUGUGAGCGAGUUCCCCUCCCUGUCAACGUUGUUAUGCAGUCAUGUUUUGGUCUCCCCCAGGCUCAGUGGUGGGGGCCCUCCGCUCGGACCAUGGCAACUCGGGCCCGCCGCAGGCCAUGCUACAGGUGGCGGCGUCUGCAGCCGGAGCCCCCCUGGUGCCGUCACCCUACCCCCAGUCCUACCUGCAGUACAGCCAGCAGCAGGUCAUCCAGGCCAUGACGCCUUACUCCGGACAGGUCAGUGUGUGGGUGGGAAAGUGUGUUUGUGCGUGGCUGUACUGUGUGGGGGCGGGGGGCAGGGGAUAGACCUCAAUUUCCUAUCCCCAGAGUUUUGAAUUGAACGGCCUCCCUUUGCCUUCGUGGUGAUAAAUCUCUAUCCAGUUUUGGUCGUCAUAACUGUAGCAGUCAGAUACUGAAAACAAUGUCUGUCUUUCUCUAUGUAUCUCACCCUCUCUCCCUUCCCCAGCCGAUGUACUCCAUGCUGCAGGGCGGUGCCAGGAUGUUGGGCCAGGGAGGAAGUCACCCCCAGGCCAUGGGCCCUCCAGGGGGCCCCCAGUUCCCCGGCCAAGGUGAGGGGCCUCAGGUGCCACAGCAGGGUAUCUAUGGUGAGUCCAAAACUCAAAGGCAACAACACUGGUUGGAUCCUGAAUUUGGACUGGAUCAUUGUUUUGAGGGUAGCCUAGUCCAAGAUCUGUUUGCUGUUUGUGCUGUAUAGCCAACCAACGACCAUAGGAGUGUAUGCAGCACAAACAGAUCUUGUACCAGGCUACUGGAUCAUUGUUUUGGGGAAUUUAUAAUAAAACAUGAGUGUAAUACGGAAAGUGUCUUCAGCCAAAUAAUAUUUUCUGAAAUCUGAUUGUUUUUCUGCUCUCUUUCUCACCCCUCUCUAGCCCCCCAGUCGUUUUCCCAUCACCAAGGUGCAGUGCAUCAGCCCCAGCCCUCCAGCACCCCUACGUGUAACCAGCCCCCCCCUCAGCAGCACGCCCCCAGCCCUGGACAGGUAAGACCAACACCCCGCAUCCCAGCUUCAAAUCUCACCAUCCCUCUCCUGACCACAUACCAGUUCUAGAACAUACCCCUUUUUAUCUUGAUCACGUUUUUUAUCGACAUACAGCAUUGUUGGGCAUUUUGAAGGUGUAUGUUAAAGGUAUACUCAGACAGCGAUAGGAAGUGGGCUGACUUUCAAUACAAAGAGCGUGAAGCAAGAGAUUAAUCUUCUCAACAGUUGUUGUCACACAGCUAUCACAAUCUGCAAUAUCUUUGUUUCACACCACUACUCGUGGUCAUGUCAUAUCGCUGAGUCUGAGCUUUUAUUCUCCCCUGACAUUCUAUGUUAUGUCUUCUCUAAGUUUAUCCUAUGCUAAUGAUUUCCUUCUCUAUCUCUGCCCAGUCGGGACCCCAGCCCCAGUCUCUAUAUCACUCCGGGUCCCUCUCGGCCCCCACCCCCCCUAACAUGCCCCCCGGACACACGUCGCCCCAGGGCUCGUACCCCCUUCAGGGCUACAGCCUGCAUGGCCACCAGGGAAUCCCGCACACGUACGCCAGUCUGGGGCAGAUAACACAGGUACAUUAACACUGCUGGAGUUACUCUGGGUCCUGUUCAUUAGUGUACAUUUUUUUUAAAAAUUUGAUAAAUAAAAUGAAAAUGUGCCUUAUUGGAAAAGUCCAUAUUUAUUUCAUUUUUCACACAACCCUGGUUAUGACUGUAAGCAGAGAUAAUAAUGUUGUUGAUCUUAUCAGGAAUUCCUCACUUUUCUCAAGUCUUUCAUAAUUGAAAUUGGCCAACCCGCAAACAGAUAUCCGUCUUUUCCUGGCUCUAUUGCGUAUCUAUUCGAAGCCUUCAAAAAUAUAUUCUCUAAUGCCAGAUUAGUAAAGUAAACACCUUUUGGAAGGAGUGAAAAGAAUUACACUCAAUUCCAUUCAAAAAGGGUGGCAGGUGGUCGUUGGUCCAGUAAUUGAAAGGUAGCUGGUUCGAAUCCCAGAGCCCACUAGGUAAAAAACUGUCGCUGUUUCUUUAAGCAAGGCACUCAACCCUAAUUGCUCCUGUAAAUCGCUCUGGAUUAGUCUGCUAAAUGACUAAAAUGAAAAAGCAUAACUGUCCAUCAAUAAGAAAUUUAGAGUGAUUGUAAGAACAAUGUCCUAAUGUUUAUAUUUAGGCAAAUCAUGUCGUUAUACCUGUGUUUUAUAUAUUGUGUGACACAUUUUAUGUAUAUUUCUGCGUAUGUACCAAGAUGUUCAAAUACACCUAAACCUAAAUGUCCCUGGUCCCUCUCCGUAGGCUCACGUCCAAGGGGCCAUGCAGGGACCCCACCACCAGGGCCAACACGGCCACCCGCAGGUAGUGAUGCUCCAGGCCCCGCCCCCCCAGCAGGGCCUUGGACAGGUCUCCCAGCACCCCCAACAUGGCCUCCAGCAAGGGGCCCACCAACACUUCUACAUAGGACAUCCACAAGGUAUGAAGGUGCCCUAA